AUGGGGUCCUGCUUGUCUGCCGAAAGCAGGAGCCCUCGCCCUGGUACGCCUUCCUCUCCUGCCUUUGGGCUCAGGAAGAGGAAGAACUCCAAAAAGCGUCCAGGGUCUCGGAAUUCUUCGUUUGACUAUAGGAGGGAAGAACCACUGCAUAGGAUUCCAGGAAGGUUGUUCUUGAAUGGGUCUAGUGAUAUUGCUUCAUUGUUUACCCAGCAAGGCAAGAAAGGAACCAAUCAGGAUGCCAUGAUUGUUUGGGAGAAUUUUGGCUCUAGGACAGACACAGUUUUUUGUGGUGUUUUUGAUGGUCACGGACCUUAUGGUCAUAUGGUUGCUAAAAGAGUGAGGGAUUCUCUCCCCCAGAAACUGACUGCUCAUUGGGAAGUGAAUGUAACCAGUGAAGAUGUUCUCAGAGAGAUCAGUCUUAAUACCACAGGGAGCAUGAACUCUGAAGAUACUUCCUUUAUGACUGCUGAUGAAGAAUCUAGGGCCUCUGUUGAUCUUGAGGAUGCCGAGAAGCACCCUGAGAUUUUUCAGACGCUGAAAGAGUCAUUUCUGAAGGCUUUCAAAAUCAUGGACAGGGAACUGAGGGUGCAUGCUAAUAGGGAAUGCUUUUGUAGUGGGACAACAGCAGUUACUUUAGUCAAGCAGGGUAAAAACCUUAUCCUUGGAAAUGUUGGGGACUCAAGAGCUGUACUGGGUUCAAGGGACAAGGAUGAUUCUCUUGUUGCUGUUCAGUUGACUGUGGAUCUCAAACCGAAUCUUCCAGCGGAAGCAGAAAGAAUUAAAAAGUGUAAAGGGCGUGUUUUUGCUCUUCAGGAUGAACCUGAGGUAGCUAGAGUCUGGCUCCCGAAUAAUGACUCUCCUGGCUUGGCCAUGGCACGGGCUUUUGGAGAUUUUUGUCUUAAGGAUUUUGGUCUCAUCUCUGUGCCUGAUAUAUCUUACCGGCGCUUAACUGAGGAGGAUGAAUUUAUAGUGUUGGCUACAGAUGGGAUUUGGGAUGUGCUCUCAAAUAAAGAGGUGGUGGACAUUGUUGCAUCAGUCCCGUCACGUUCCUCUGCUGCAAAAGCCUUGGUCGAGUCAGCAGUUCGAGCCUGGAGGUACAAGUAUCCUACCUCCAAAAUUGAUGACUGUGCUGUAGUUUGCCUCUUCUUCGACUCGAAUGAUUUAUCUACUGCUUCCAAUAUCAAGUCAAAAGAACAGUUUACUUCAGUGGACCAAGCUGAGAGCGGCAGGCAGAAAGAGGAUGAUCUCCCUAGUCCAAUAGGUCUGGACCGCGUAGGUACUGUGCGAACUGAGAAAGAGGACCUCUUAGGAGGAAAUGUAGAGGAAGAUUCCACAAAUCAAGAUGAAAUGCAAUUGGAAUCUGGAAUAGACUGGUCUGCUCUUGAAGGAGUCUCUCGUGUCAACACUUUAUUGAAUCUACCGAGGUUUGUGCCAGGAAAGGAGAAGAAGGCUGCCGGAGAGGCAAAGACUCGAAAAUGA